AUGCAUCUCUUCCGUCUCCUCACCCUUGCUAGCACAACCCUAGCAACUACCCUCCCCCUAACCCGCCGAACACCAGCCUCCUCUACAGUAUUCCCCCUCAAAGCAACCAAAUAUGGCACCAUAUUCGAUGUCCCCGUCACAGUCGGUAACCAAACCUUCCAACUCCUAGUCGAUACCGGCAGCAGCGACACCUACGUGGUGAAAACCGGCUUCACCUGCAUCGACGACACAAAUUCUACUACCCCGCAAGCAGAAUGCCUAUACUCCAAUCAUACCUAUAACCCAGACUACUCGGAUACAUAUCGUCGCGUUGAGGACCAGUAUUUUGGUAUCGAGUACGGCGCGGGUAUUGCUAGCGGUGGUUUAGCGUAUGAAACGGUCACUUUGGGCAGCCUUACAGUAGAAAAACAGAAAGUCGGGAUUGCGGACCGGACGAAUCCAAUGGGCGAUGGUGUUAAUAGUGGAUUACUCGGAUUGUCAUACCCGUCUAUUACGUCCACGCAUCCGGGUAACGCUUCGAGUUCAGAUAACAGCACGUACUUUUUUGAUCGGAAGGUAUAUAACCCGCUGCUGUAUAGUAUGAGCCAGCAGGGUGUUCUGAAGGAGUCAUACUAUAGUCUUGCGCUGGCAUCUACAUCACAGAAUGUGUCCACAAUGUUUGGGGGGUAUUUGUCGCUUGGUGAACUGCUGCCUGUGAAACAUAGUGCGCGGUGGACCAUUGUGCCGGUUGAGAAUUAUCAGGCUAUACCCCUGGAAUUCACGUCUGGAAAUCGCACGCGGUCUUGUGUCCGUUACGGUUCAAAAUCAGCGAACAAGGACAACUCGACUGCCUUCCAGACAUUUGUCGACUCAGGAAACAACUUCUCCUACCUCCCGACUGCUGUUGUUGAACCUGUCAAUGCAAUUUUUGACCCCCCAGCUACAUUCGAUGACUUGUCGAAGCUGUAUGUGGUCGACUGCAACGCGAAAGCUCCGGUUUUCGGCCUGCAACUCGGGAACCAGACAUUUUAUCAUAAUCCUGCAGAUUUGAUACAGAGGAUCGACGACGAGCUUUGCGUGUCUGCUCUUGCGGCGAUGGAGGAUGCGCGCGUUGGCGAUAUUACGGUGAGUAUCUUGGGUGUGUCGUUUUUGAAGAGUGUCGUGGCUGUUUUUGAUUUUGGGAAGGAUAAAAUGAGGUUUGCGAAGAAGUCGAAGUAGAUUGCAAUGAGAUAACAUGUAUUUAAGUUGCUUUAUGAAUGUGGUCAUGUUAUGUUGUUGGGCUCUCUGAUCUGCAACUCCCGGAAAACCCCGUCCAAGCCACCGCUGGCAUCCACAAGUAUAGCGAGAAAUAUCUGCGCCUGUGUUUGUAGCAAGACGAUCCGUUGCUGCAUAAUGGUGUCUGACUUUGCAUUUGCAGCAGAAGCGAGGCUCGCAGUGGCACUGAGGAAUUGCAGAAAUUGGUUCUCGAGCCGUAGCGU